UCGUUCAAUUUUGAAAGAAAAUCUCCACCACCCCGUCCCUUUUUAACCUAAUCCCAGGAUAAAUUCAGAAACCCAGUAAUUUCCACAUCCAUGGUUGACUCAUAUUCAUGCCAUCAUGCAUAUUAUAUUUAUAUCCAUCAUCAUCAUCAUCCCUGCACCAUCGUCGUCAUCACCCACUUCAUGUUCCAUACCCCAGAUACCGCUCUUCGGUUCCUUGAGCUUCUCUCUCCAUAUCUUGCAUUUAUCCUCUCAGUUUCAAGCUUUCAAUCAUGCCACUAUCGACCGGUGGUCGCCAGACAAGGGACUACUUGGUGUUGCUUCCAUAAAACUAGUAGUGGGGACUGGGGAGGUGGGAUUUGGGAAGUGGAACCCAACUGACCCAAGUUUCUUUCAGCAAUAAUACAGGGAAUAUUGGGUAUUCUCUUUCUCCAUCUUGAAUUAUCUGAAAUUUUAAAUUGAAAGUUGCCACUUCUGAGCUAACUGAUUCUCUCCUUUUGUUUUUUUUCUUGUUGCUUCGUGGCUGCUUUUUUAAAAUUCACAUGACCAUUUUUCCCCCAGAAAUGCAUCUCUCUUGUUUCUCAAAAUAAAAAAUAAGGGCUGUGUUCAAUACUGCUCUGCCUUUCCUUCCGUCAUGAUUUCUUCUCUCUGGGGUGAGUCUCUACCUUGAUUUUUACAUUCUUGUCACAGGUUUGGUGGAAAGUGAAAACUUCUUUUCUUAUGCUGUUAAUGGAAUUUUGGUUUUGGGGUUACAGUAGCCCUCGUUUCUCCUUCUCCUCCUCCUUCCCCUUCUCCUUCCCCUCCUCCUCCUCCUUUUUCUUAUAAGCCAAAGCUCGAUUGGUAAAACAUACUGUUUUUCGCGGCUGAUUGUGUAGCAUUGGGUUGAGGUUUUCCACGUUUUAUUCGAUCUCUUCUUAUAAUUCCGAAUGUCUGUUAUCUAUCACUAGAGUUUGAGCUUUGUAUGUUUUUCUGUGUGUAUUUAUGAGUUUUUCAUUUUGAAUUGGUAAUUGGGUUUUGAGCCCCUUGUUUUUUUCUCUUCAUUUCGACAUCUGUAUGAUUUGUAAACAGGGUGGGAUAAUCUGGUUCUUCAUCAUUUAAUCUCACCAUGAACCUGGUUUGGCUUGUUCCACUGUCAAUCCUUUACUUCGGAGUGUUGUCAAAUGGUGGUCCAAGACCCUCCGUCCUGAACAUCGGAGCUAUUUUCACCUUCAAUACUAUAAAUGGGAGAGUUGCGAAGAUUGCCAUGAAAGCUGCUGUGGAUGAUGUGAAUUCUGAUCCUAGUGUUCUUGGUGGAAGCAAAUUGGUUCUUACAUUGCAUGACUCCAACUAUAGCGGAUUUUCCGGCAUUAUUGGGGCUCUACAGUAUAUGGAGAUGGAUACUGUGGCCAUCAUUGGUCCUCAGAAUUCUAUCAUGGCGCAUGUAAUCUCACAUCUUGCAAACGAACUCCAAGUGCCUCUAUUGUCUUUCACGGCCCUGGAUCCCACUCUCUCUUCUCUUCAGUAUCCAUUCUUUGUGCAAACGGCACCCAAUGAUCUGUUCCAGAUGUCUGCAAUUGCAGAAAUUGUGAGUUAUUAUGGUUGGAGAGAGGUAAUUGCAGUCUUCACUGAUGAUGAUGGUGGGCGAAAUGGUUUAGCUGCACUAGGUGAUAAACUUGCAGAGAGACGCUGCAAGAUAUCUUAUAAAGCUGCUCUUCCCCCUGACCCUGAAGCUACACGAGAUGAAAUUAUGGAUAUACUGGUUAAAUUGGCAUUAAUGGAGUCUCGGGUGAUGGUUUUGAUCACUUACUCUAAAUCAGGUCUCUUGGUCUUUGACGUGGCUCACUCUCUUGGAAUGAUGGGGAAUGGUUAUGUGUGGAUAGCAACUUCUUGGCUAUCUACUGUUUUGGAUUCUACUUCUCCUCUCUCUUCAGUGACCAGUGAUUCUAUCAAAGGAGCUCUUACACUGCGCCCCCACACACCCAAUUCAGAAAGGAAAAGAGCUUUCAUCUCUAGGUGGAGUCAGUUGAGUGGUGGUUCUAUUGGCUUGAAUCCCUAUGGUCUAUAUGCCUAUGAUACUGUAUGGAUAAUUGCUCAUGCCAUCAAAGCAUUACUUGAUCAGGGGGGCACCAUUUCAUUCUCGAAUGAUACAAAAUUACGUGAUUUUGUGGGAGGGGCUUUGAACCUUGAAGCAAUGAGCAUCUUUAAUGGAGGGAAGCAAUUGCUGAACAACAUACUGCAAACCAAUAUGAUGGGCUUAACUGGACCCAUUCGAUUUAAUCCAGAGAGAUCCAUUAUAAAUCCUGCAUUUGACAUCAUUAAUGUGCUUGGAACUGGGUUUCGGCAGAUUGGUUACUGGUCUAAUUAUUCUGGGCUAUCGGUUGUGCCUCCUGAGUCUCUGUAUGCUAAGCCACCUAACCGAUCAAGUUCAAACCAAAAAUUAUAUAAUCCUAUCUGGCCAGGGGAAACAUUGACAAAGCCCCGUGGGUGGGUUUUCCCUAACAAUGGUAAGCAAUUAAGGAUUGGCAUCCCCAACCGAGUUAGUUUUCGGGAAUUCAUUUCACAAGUAAGUGGUACCGAUAUGGUCAAAGGUUACUGCAUAGAUGUAUUUCUUGCUGCCAUAAACUUGCUACCAUAUGCUGUUCCAUAUAGGUUCAUUCCCUAUGGUGAUGGUCUUAAAAAUCCAAACUAUAAUGAGCUUGUGCGUUUGAUUACAACAGAUGACUUUGAUGCUGUUAUAGGUGAUGUUACAAUUGUCACAAACAGAACAAGGAUUGUGGAUUUUACACAGCCAUAUAUUGAAUCAGGCCUGGUAAUAGUGGCUCCAGUCAGGAAGCUGAACUCCAGUGCUUGGGCUUUCCUUCGCCCAUUCACUCCAAUGAUGUGGUGUGUAACGGCAGCCUUUUUUCUUAUCGUGGGAGCAGUUGUCUGGAUUUUGGAGCAUAGGAUGAAUGAUGAAUUCCGGGGGCCACCUAAAAGACAAGUUGUUACAAUUUUGUGGUUCAGUCUCUCAACUUUGUUUUUUGCACACCGAGAGAACACAGUUAGCACCCUUGGACGAUUUGUGUUGAUCAUAUGGCUAUUUGUGGUUCUGAUAAUCAACUCAAGCUACACUGCAAGUCUCACUUCAAUCCUCACAGUUCAACAGCUCUCUUCACCAAUCAAAGGAAUUGAAACCUUGAUGACAAGCACAGAGCCUAUCGGAUUCCAAGUAGGGUCUUUUGCUGAAAACUAUUUGAACGAGGAAUUCAACAUUCCUAAAUCUAGACUUGUUGCUCUUGGGUCACCAGAAGAGUAUGCCACAGCCCUUGAUAAGGGAACUGUUGCUGCCGUGGUAGAUGAGCGUUCAUAUGUGGAGCUUUUCCUCUCAAAGCAGUGCAAGUUCUCAAUAGUAGGCCGGGAAUUCACCAAAAGUGGAUGGGGAUUUGCAUUUCCAAGAGACUCUCCCCUAGCUGUCGACAUGUCCACUGCCAUUUUGACACUAUCAGAGAAUGGUGAUCUCCAAAGGAUUCAUGACAAGUGGCUCACUAGUAAAACUUGCAGUUCGCGUGGCACUGAGUUUGAAUCAGAUCGGCUUCAUCUAAGGAGCUUCUGGGGUCUCUUUCUCAUAUGUGGCAUUGCAUGCUUUAUAGCAUUGUUUCUAUACUUCAUAUUGAUGGUACGGCAGUUCAACCAAGAAUUUCCCAAUGAAGUUGAUUCUUCUGGUCAUGAGAGUUCACGUUCUGCACGCCUUCAAACAUUCUUGUCAUUUGUUGAUGAAAAGGUAGAUGGAUCAAGUAGCAAGUCGAAGAGGAAACUAACAGAGAAGUCGUCAGACAUCAACAGCAAGGAAGAUGAACAGAGGAACGGAUCCAAGGGAAGGCAAAUAGAGAUGUCUCCAGAUGGUAGUGUCAAUGGUUAUGCACAUCCUAAUUAAUUAGCUUAACCAGUCUUAAAUAUAUGGCUAAGUUAGUUUUUACCUGUUUUAUCUAAUUAACCUAAUUAAUCACUCUUUUGCUAAAAUGCUUCAAGGUUUUCCUCCUAGCAAGAUGCAUUCAAUUUUAACCUUGCUAGAUAUAUGAAAAUUUUGAGUGGUGUAUACAGGGUUCUAUUGUAACAUUCUUGUGUAAUUAAUUAUACAUAAAUGUAUGGUAUAUGCACAUC